AUGAAGCUUCUCCAAGCUUUCGUAGUCUUGAGCUUUUUCGGCACCCCCAUCAUCGUUGGGGCAGCACCCUCCAAGACGCUCUUUCUCCCCCGCGAUCCCAACCCUGCGCCCGCAGCCACCCAAGAGAUCGCACAAGAUCUCGACAGUGACGAGGCCUUCAUCGGUACCGGCACCUGGAAAGAUCCCCUCCUUGCUCCUCGCACCGCCGCCACCGAUGGCAACUCGCACGUCGUGAAGCGAACCGAUAAUCCACCCACGGGCAGCUUCAACAUCACCCUUCCAAGCGAGAGGGAGUUUUUGUUGAACGUGCCGGGGGGUUACAAGCACGGAGAGAAACAUCCGCUGGUCUUUAGCUUCCAUGGCGCGAAUGGUAACAAGGUCACUCAAGAGCUCAUCACCGGCCUCUCCGACCCCAGUCUUCGAAUCGACAACAAGCCUUUCCUAGCCGUCUAUGGACAAGGUAUCGCCAACACAACCGCAGACAAGACGGCCGCUUGGCUGGGAGCUCCUUACGCCAACACCACCAUUGCCUUUGUGUACGACAUCAUCGCCAACAUCACCUCCACCUACAAUAUCGACCCCUCCCGUAUCUACGCCUCCGGCAAAUCCAAUGGCGGUGGCUUUGCUGCCCUCCUCGCUUGUCGGAACGACACUUCCUCCAUCUUCGCUGCCUUUGCCCCCGUUUCUCCCGCACUCUAUGAAGGCACGAUGGCGUUUCACGGAUGCCAGACCGACCGGGGUGUUCACAUCUUGCAUUCGCACGGGGUCGAAGACCAGACUUGUCCUUUCGCAGGAAAGACCCCCGAAGACGGCGGUAGUGGCCCCGAAGAAGACGUGCGUCUCUGGCGCCGACAGUGGGCACUCCGGAACGGCUGUGUUGGGGAUUACCCGGGGCAGUACCCUGUGCCAAAGGUGAAACAAGUCUAUGAUGGUGUCUGGGAAGAGGUUUGGGAUUGUCCGAAAGGGGAGGUGAGGGCGCUGAGUGUGGAGGGGCUGGGCCAUUCGUGGCCGACGACAGAGGGGCUGGACUUGUCGGGCGCGCCGAAUCAGACUGCUAUUUUCAACUUGACGAGUCCGAUUUUGGUCAACUUUUUCUCCGAGCAUAAACUUCCUUGA